GGUUAAUCGACAUACAAGAGUCGAAUUAUAUCUUGGACAAUAUGUCGCCGCAAGCAUAUUCACGCAACGAAAUAGUACCGACACACUACGCGCAGCAAAUAUGGCUGAGAACAAGUUUUUGAUUGUGGACGGGGACUCGUUCCCCUAUAUAUUCAUGAAGAACGUGGAUGUUCCUCUGAGAACGUACGAGAAAGGUAUCCUGCGCUGCAAUGUGUACUUACCAAAGGACGCUGCUCCUUUUGGUGACAAAAAGUAUCCAGUGGUAGCGACAUAUGGUCCUUAUGGUAAGGAUGUGCCUUAUGGGUCAUUCUAUAAGAAGAGCUGGGAUCAGCUGAACCCGGAAAUGAAAUCCGCCCAUUCAGCGUGGGAAACCCCCGAUCCAGCAUAUUGGACCGGCCAGGGCUAUAUUGUUGUUCGAACUGAUGAGAGGGGUGCCGGACAAAGCCCUGGAGAGCUCGACACCAUGUCUCGUGGCACUAGCGAGGCAUUUUUCGACGUCAUCGAAUGGUGCGCUGAGCAGGAGUGGUCUUCAGGCAAGGUUGGCCUUCUCGGUAUCAGCUAUUACGCGGGUACACAGUGGCGCGUGGCCGCGCGGAAGCCCAAAGGUCUCGCCGCUAUCAUUCCAUGGGAAGGGAUGAGUGACUACUACCGCGACAGAGUACGUCACGGUGGAAUUCUUUCUGAUCGGUUUAUUGACUUCUGGUGGAGCAACGGUGUUGCUCCAAACCAGUAUGGUAAACCUGGCCGGGCAGCCCGGAAAUGGGGCGACGACACACUCGAAGGUGAUCUAGACGAGGACACCUUGCUGAAGAACCGAAAAGAUCAAACUCUGGAUACUGCAGUUCACAAGUUCAGAGAUGAAGACUACUAUCAGACUCGUGAUUUUGAUGUUGAAGCCAUCGAAACUCCGCUUCUGAGUGUUGCUAACUGGGGAGGGAUUCUACUUCACUUGCGCGGAAACGUCUUGGGCUGGUUGCGAGCACGCUCACAGUACAAGUUUCUCCAUUUUAUCGUCGGGCGCCAUGAUCUUCCAUUCUAUUAUCCUCACUCAGCAAAACUACAGCUGUCAUUCUUUGAAGCCUUCCUGAAAGGAAAUGAUUACGAUGGCUGGAGAACUGGUGGGCAGCCAAAAGUCAAAAUAUGCCUUCGUGAGGGCGAGGCUGGAGUAGACGAUCCGGAGCGAGAACUGAGCUUUCCUGUCAAGGAAGCAGCUGACUGGCCUCUGCCUGACACACAAUACACCAAGUUCUUUCUGGCUGCUGACGGAGGCUUGAAUCAAACGCCCAAUGAGAGCCUCGGCACGUUCAUCUAUGAUGCCUUUGAAGGUGAACCAAUAUCAUUCACCUAUAAGACCUCGUCUAGGCUGGAAAUCACAGGUCAUAUCGUUGCUCAUCUAACAGUCGCUGGGGUCCGCAAGACGCCUGAUUCGAUACCACCUUCCGACAUUGACCUUUUCGUCACACUUCGGAAAAUCAAUGCUGCUGGCGAGGAGGUGUUCUACACUGGCACCAUGGGUGACCCCGUGCCAAUCGUCAAGGGCUGGCUGCGUGUAUCGCUCCGAAAGGUCGAUGAGACUCACCCGCUACACCGGGAACAUCUCCCCUACCGCAACUAUUUCAGUUCCGAGAUCCAACCCGUGGUUGAAAAUGAAAAAUACGAGGUGGACGUCGAAGUUUGGCCGACUAGUGUGGUAUUGGCAGCCGGGGAGAGCCUUGCUCUUGAAAUUGCUGGUCAUGACACCCAAGGAGUUGGCAACUUCUCCCAUGAACAUCCCAAAGACCGCAGCCGAGAGGUUUUUAGUGGAAAUAACAUCCUGUAUGUUGGUGGAAAGACAAGUCAUCUCAGCUUGCCCAUCAUCCCUUCUGCUUAGAGUUUCUUUUUAGAAAGAUCCAGAAACUACCGGCACGACAGUGCGCCGAAUCUUGUGAU